CCCGGUGAGCUGCGGGGGGACCCGGCCCCGGAGCCCCAAGGGCAGGUCCCGAAUCCUGAGGUCGAUUUUACGGAGGGGGGCGAGAGCGUGGAGGCCAGGAGGGCCACACCCAGGAAGGGCAGCAGGAUCCCGGCCAGCAAGCUGACGCCGAAGAGACACCGAGAGCCCCCCAGGAAACCAGCUGAGGAGGCAGAGAGGGGUCCCACGGAGCCGCUGCCCCCCCGGGGCUCCCCCCGGCGGGGUCCUGCGUCCUGGGACAGCCCAAGUCUCAAUCCCUUCGAUGGCAGCUCAGCGCUGCAAAACUCGCCGGCUCUCCCCAAGGGCUCGUACCAGUUUGACCCCGAUAACUUUGACUCCGUGGAUCCGUUUAAGCCCACCAAGACCCUCGCCAGCACUGCCACCGACUCCUGCCCCACCGCCGAUAACAGCCUCAAUGAAAUCCUCGAGUCCCAGACGCUGGAGGUGCAGGAUGAUCUCCUGAAAGGCAGAGACUCCCCGAAGAAGCCCAAGUCGCGCCUGAUAACGACUACUGAACAAGUGAAAUUUCUCUGUUUUCUGUUGAGCGGCUGCAAGGUGAAGCCGUACGAGACGCAGCCCCUGGCCCUGGACGUCUGCGCUCAGGAUGAGGGAGCGUUGAUCUCCGAAAUCCCAGACAUUGCAAAUCGGGAUGGACGUGCCACGGACGAGGAGAAGCUGGCCUCCACCACCUCCACGCAGAAACCGGCUGGGCUGGAGAAGAAAACUGAGCCAGAAGAUGACCUGGAGUACUUCGAGUGCUCGAACGUGCCCGUGCCAGCAGCCAAGCACGGCAUGGAAGGAGGGGAAGCAGGUGAAAAGAAAAGCCACGCAGCAUCCUGGCUGGAUGAUUCCCCUCAGGGCAACCCCGGGCUGUGCUCCAUGGACAAGUGCCCCACGGCUGUCACCAGCAUGAGCAGGAGCGAGAAUCCCCUGGACAGCAUCUGCCUGAGUGAAUCCGAGAAGACGGCUGUGCUCACGCUCAUCAGGGAGGAGAUAAUCACCAAGGAGAUUGAAGCAAACGAGUGGAAGAAGAAGUAUGAAGAGAGCCGCCAGGAGGUCUUGGAGAUGAGGAAAAUCGUGGCUGAGUAUGAGAAGACCAUUGCCCAGAUGAUAGAGGAUGAGCAGAGGACAAACAUGACGUCCCAGAAGAACCUGCAGCAGCUCACGAUGGAAAAGGACCAGGCUCUGGCAGACCUGAACUCGGUGGAGAGGUCCCUGUCGGAUCUCUUCAGGAGAUACGAGAACCUGAAGGGCGUCCUGGAAGGCUUUAAGAAGAAUGAAGAAGCUCUGAAGAAGUGUGCUCAAGAUUAUUUAACCCGGGUCAAGCAAGAAGAGCAGCGGUAUCAGGCCCUGAAAGUCCAUGCGGAAGAAAAAUUAGACAAAGCCAACGAGGAGAUCGCCCAGGUGCGCACGAAGGCCAAGGCGGAGAGCACGGCGCUGCACGCGGGGCUGCGCAAGGAGCAGAUGAAGGUGGAGUCCCUGGAGCGAGCCCUCCAGCAGAAGAACCAGGAGAUUGAGGAGCUGACCAAGAUCUGCGACGAGCUGAUAGCGAAGCUGGGAAAGGCAGAUUGAGUCUCACCACCCCUCGUCCAGCACUCUGCACUUGGCUGCUUUUCUCGUCACGUCAAGCACCUUGCCUUAUCACCCAGGAGAGCCCCCAGCAGAGAAGCACACCGUCUGCCUGCUCCAGCCCCCCCGGCCCCCCGGGGCAGAGCCGCUCCCCGCGCUGCCCCUGCCUUGGUCUCCCAAGGGCUCUGGGCUGGAUUCCCCGUGGUCAGAGUUGGGGUGCGUGUCCCUCCCAGGGUCCCCUCAGCGGGGAAGUGACACCCCGGGCUCUGUCCCCCCUGGCCAGGCUGUGCCCCCACACUCUCGUCACUUACUGUCCUCACGUGCUCGAUCGCACCGGUCCAGCCGCGCGGCAGGUCCUGCCCCGGGACCUGGGUGAUGCCGGGGCUGGAGCUGCCACCUGGGCGCCGGGGAAGGGCACCGGGCCGCGAGUGCACAGCUGGGGAGGCAGCGAGGGGGCUCGGGGACCCCAGGCACCCACCGCGGGUUUGGGGCCGCCAGCCGGGAUCCCCUGGCUGAAGCAGCCUCGCGGGAGAUCGGUGGGUUUGGGGGGAGCUGGCGGGGUUCCAGGGGCUGGUCCCGGGCCCUGGUACACGGGUGACGUGCAGCACAGUGUGUCCCUGUCUCCAGCCGUGCCAGCCUCGGGGGAAGCGGCCAACGCCGCUGCGUUCGUGCACUUUAUUAGCAUUUACGAGCACCCAGGCGCUCUGCUCACUGCUCCCAGGUGGGCACGGUCCUGCUACACGUUCCCCCGGGAGCAGGGAUACGGCCAUUUAAUCAGCAGUAGCUUAAGUCCUCUCAAAGGAGAGCCCGGCCUGGGGGAGGGCAGGAGGCUUCUGCACCAAGAGGUGUUUGGGAAAUGAAGAAGUUGGUUCUGGAGAGCUGGGGCUUGUCCAUCCGUCUGCCCGUGGCCGCCCUGGCAUCUCCGGAGACUUGUGAGCGUGGGGUUUCUCGGCCAGUUUAAAAUGCCCAAAGCCAAGGCUCUUGCUGUUGGCUCCCCACACCACAGUGAGGUUAGUUCCCCACUUUGGAUGUUGCAGGAGGAAGGAAGCAAACCCUGAGCUGCUUCACAACUUCAGGCUCUGUUCUGUGGUCAGUGCAGGAGGGCGAGGAGGAGUGCGGUCCUGCCCGGGUUGUACUGCUGUCAGAUCCCCUCCAGCACUGAACAUUAAGAGAACCAAACAAAAGCCAACCUUUACAGGCAAA